AACUAUUAAGUUAUAAAAAACCAGUAUCUUUAAGGGUCCAUCAUCAUCAUCAUCAUGAGUGGUGGAGACGAAGAGUGGAGAAAAAUGGCAGACACGCACAAAAUGAGUCCAGAGCAAGUGAAAGCAGCAGGGGUAGAAGCGUCAAAGAGACCCCCAGGUCAUGGUCCUGGUCCUGCUGGUGGAACCCUUCACCAGACAAAAUCACUUCCUUUCAGCUUCACAACCAUGGCUCUAGCAGGUUUGCUUAUCACAGGUGCUGUGGGAUAUGCUGUCUUGUAUGCAAAGAAGAAGCCUGAGGCUAGUGCUAUGGAUGUAGCCAAGGUUGAAGUGGGAGUUGCAACGCCAGAGGAGACUCGCCCUAGGAAAUAAAUAGCUACCAAUAUGCCAAACACAUGACUUGAGUUCUUGUGAAUUUUUUAGUUCAGGGUUGGUUUCUUUUUCCAUUUUAAGGGGAAAUGUUCAAGGGUGGGGCUGACCAACACAGCUUAGUACGUAAUGCCACUUGUAAGAGGCGGUAGUAGCCACUUAAACAUUUUUCAUCCAUUUGUGUUCAUUUUUGUUUGUAGAAGUUCAAUCUGACUAUGGUUGGCCCCUUAUACAAGGCUUGGGCUCGUUUAACUGUUUGAGUGUGUACCUUCCU